AUGGCAUUCACAAUCUCCUUUAUAAGAAUAGUUUUUCUAAAAUCAAUACUAUACUAAAAUUGUAUUACAGACAAUAUAGCUGAUUGUAGAUAUUGGGAAUUUUCUAUUGAAGGAAUGACUAGCGCUACAAUUGACAGAUGUAGCUCACAACCAAAAAAUUUAUAUAUGGGACCUUAUGGAGAAAAAACAAAAGUAAGCAAAAAUUUUCCUAAUCUUCAACCAAAUAAAUAACUUGAGUUUUCAAUUAGUAUUUGGAAAUUCGACUCUUGGGAUUCAGAAGGAGUUGAGAUUUAUGCAAAUAAUUUAUUGUUAAAAAAUGCAAUCUUCACAGAUCGUCAAGGGACUAAGAUUUGUAGAAAUGGUGAGUUUGAAGACUUAUUCUAGCCUCUAAAGUUUAAGUUUUAAACAACAGGAACUGCUUUAACAAUAUCAUUAAAAGAUAACUUUGACUAAAGUAAUUGGGAUGGUAUAAAUUUCAUGAUUUUUAGAAUCUUGGGGAUUUAGAGACUUUAUUAUAGAAGUUAUUGUCCCUUGUGUCAAAUUUUAUAGUGAAUGUAAUUACACUGGAACAGUAUUUUAAAUAUGUUAAGGUGAUAAUCCAAAGAAGCAAACCAGUAUUCCUUAUGAAAUCAAAUCGAUUCUGAUGGAUCCUGGUAUUAUUGUAAAAAUUAAAGGACCAAACUAUUUUUCAGGAGUAUUACAAACUUACACUAAUUCCUAGAUUUGUUUGAAUGGUUUUAAGGUAUUAAUGUAAUUAAAAAUUUUUAGUUUCCAAAAUAUAUAAAUCCUACAUGA